GAUUGUUGUAGUGAGAGUGGUUGAAUCUCGAUCUCUCAAUUUUUCUCUCGAGCUCCCUCCUCUCCCUUUGUCAUUCUAGCUGCCUGCUGCCUCCGCAGCGUCCCCCCGGCUCUCCCUGUGCUAACUGCCUGCGCCUUGGACAGAGCGGGUGCGCAAAUCAGAAGGAUUAGUUGGGACCUGCCUUGGCGACCCCAUGGCAUCCCCCAGAACCGUAACUAUUGUGGCCCUCUCAGUGGCCCUGGGACUCUUCUUUGUUUUCAUGGGGACUAUCAAGUUGACCCCCAGGCUCAGCAAGGAUGCCUACAGUGAGAUGAAACGUGCUUACAAGAGCUAUGUUCGAGCCCUCCCUCUGCUGAAGAAAAUGGGGAUCAAUUCCAUUCUCCUCCGAAAAAGCAUUGGUGCCCUUGAAGUGGCCUGUGGCAUCGUCAUGACCCUUGUGCCUGGGCGUCCCAAAGAUGUGGCCAACUUCUUCCUACUGUUGCUGGUGUUGGCUGUGCUCUUCUUCCACCAACUGGUCGGUGAUCCUCUCAAACGCUACGCCCAUGCUCUGGUGUUUGGAAUCCUCCUCACCUGCCGCCUGCUGAUUGCUCGCAAGCCUGAAGACCGGUCUUCUGAGAAGAAGCCUUUGCCAGGGAAUGCUGAGGAGCAACCCUCCUUAUAUGAGAAGGCCCCUCAGGGCAAAGUGAAGGUGUCAUAGAAAAGUGGAAGUGCAAAGAGUGGACCUUCCAGGCAGUUGCGUCCAUGACACCAGGAAGAUGUCAGUGUGUGUUUUUCAUUUGAUUUAUUUAUCUUGGGGAAAGUGAAAAAUGUAAUCUGCAAGUUAAUGACCCUAUUGGCUUGUGUACAUCUAUAUGCUAAAAUGACUUCCCCACAUUGACAUUUGUGCGCCACCUUUAAUCACUCUGGGGCAACUCUCACAUCUUGCUGCAUGUACAUGUAUACGGCUACUAUUGAAGUGUAAUUGUGAGAUGGACUCCAACAAGCAUGUGACUGUGAGAUUGUGUGUGGGAAAAUGUAUUUAACUACUCUCUCUGUGUGUGUGUGCGUGUGUGUGUGUGCGCGUGCACACGCACACACAAACAGAGAAGGCUCUGAUCUUGAGCUAAUCCUGCACAGGCAUCCUUCCCUUUAUAGAUUGAUUCCAGCAAAGGCAGAAUAAAACAAAUUUCCUAUAAAGAGAAUCCUGAUAUGAAACAAGUCAUGUAGUCUCAUGGCCGGGAAUCUCUCCACAGAUGCUAAAAACUUAAACUUACUACUUUAGGAGAAAAAAAAAACAUUCUAUUUCGGACACUAAGUUAUAUAUGAAAUUAAUUAGGCUCUAGUCCAACAGUUGUUUACAUUUUAAAUAGUCCAUAUUGAAUUUAAUUAAAACAAGGGAUGCAUGCAGUCAAAUUGAUAGUUUAAUUCUUCAAGUGAUAAUAUAGGAAGUUUCACCUUGCCUUUGUCCAAGCCCCACCUAUUAAAACCCUUUACUCACAGUUUGAAACUGAAGCAGUAAACUUGUUUCCAGACAUCUUUUUCAGAUUGUCUUAAGCCCAAAGUUGCCUCACUUCCACUAUUCUCAGCAGCCAACCAGGAUUUGGCAGCUGCUCCACUGUUAGGGUUGAGGGAACAGGGAUCAGUCCUGUUAGAAGUCUGUGAGCCUCAAACUCUACCUGUUCUCUGCAAUCAUCCAAAAUUUGAAAAAGAAGCUAUAUCCAGUGUUUCAUUGCCAAACAGAUUCACUACUCUUACUGAUUCUUCACUGAGCUUUGCUAGUAUAAGCAGAGUUCCAAGUCUCCCCUAGGGUUAUCUCUACAUCUCUUUAUCAUUCCAGUGGGUGGGGUUUAGCUGGGGGAAGGACAUUUCAUAAGGGUUAGUUGGACUGAGCAGUAUGGACAUUUGCUUUUUUCAUUACGUACUGUUGUUUUUCCUUGUUAGGUGUGCUUUGGUGGUUUUAAUAUUAUUGUGCCAGGGAUGGGGAAAUGGGGGGGUGUGUGUGGGAAGAAUACUUAUUAUUGUGUUUUCUUCAGUGUAAUUGUUCUUGGUAAUUGAUACCUCUCUGUUUUAUUUCUCUCAUUCUUUCAAAAUAAAACUUUUUGAAAUUUGGAGGAAA